GCCAAAUUAACCCGAUUGGUCGGUCGGCGUGGACGCGUGCGAUACUGUCCUGCGCCCGCGCAUACACUUGUCACGCCGCAUAUACAUUUCGCGCUUAAAGUUUAAUUAGUGGUGUUUAGUUUGUUUUGUGAUUUUCAAUAGUCUGCGAAUAAUAACGUAAUUUAGUUCAACUGAGGGAUUAAUAAAAUUUAAUUUUUGCUGACAUUUCAUGGUGGUAUUGUUCUUGUCUUGAUUGCGUUAUCAAAAUAAAUUUUACUUUUAGAACGAUUAGCUGAGUAUCACUAAGGUCAAUUAUAUUUAUCAGAGUGUUCACUGAAAACUACUUUGCUUGAUUAAAACCUUUUAAUGAAGUAAUUACGUAAAUAUGGACAUAAAAUGAUCUUUGUCUGGGAAGAUUCCAGUAUCUUUCGACAUACAUAUAGGCGUGUAUAUAAGAUUUAAAAAAUAAUUCUUUAAUUUUAAGGUACCUGAGUCAAAUCAUAGGAAAAAUCCCCUAUUUCUAGAUCGAAGUAGACCCACUGUCUUCUCCUGAAUACGUCGGAAUUUUUACUCAAUCCAAAAUAAAAAUAGUGAGGUCGAUUAGACUGUAAAUAAUAAAGUUAUAAAUACACAUACUGACAUUCCUAAUGUUGUUAACUGACAGAACGUAAAUUACGUAAAAAUAUUUGUGUAUGUUGUGCCAAAACCGUGAAGUGGGAGUUUGUGUAUUGUAUAUAAAUGAGCUUUAUAUAAGUGUAUGUGUUAUAAAUCAUGAUUGCCGUUUUGGAUGUCGGAGACAACAAUAGUUACUUCAGAUCUUUUCUACCUGCUGUCAACUCACCACCGGUUCCUCAUCGGGAUGUCUCUGGCUCAUCUUCUCAAUACCGUCCCUUCAACGAUGAAUACGCCACAGUUCAACGUCGAGCUGACCGGCAAGCCCAGCCAGAUGUUGAGCUCGAACGAAACAAGAAAGACAAGAAAUGGUCACUUGGAAAACUGUUCCGAAGAAAGAAGAAGGAGGAAGAAAGUCCGUCGUCAUCGGAAAGCGAUGAAGGUGUCAGCACAAGAUCUCCAUCCAAAAAGAAGGCAAAGAAGAAGAAACGUACACCUGCUGUAAAUAAUUUUGAUCAUAUUGUCGUCCGAGACACUAGACGCGCUCAGAGCUUGGCUCAUCCUCAUUUAAAGGAUACAGCUGAUGAUGGUGUACUAUCAGAUCCCUCGGCUGGAUUCAUCAACUAUCGAGCCAAGACUCAACUAUACGGAGCUUCAAAAGAGUCUCUAAGUUUAAGAGAUGAAAAUUCCAGUCGUUCUAUGAAAACAGUUUUAGAUACUCCUACAAGAAAAACUAGAAAAGGAAGGCUGAAAGCUCGAGUAGAAGCUCUAAGAAACAGCAUGAGAGGAGAAUCAAGUAGUGAUGAGGAAUCACUGAAAUCGUCAAAUUCUUCGUCCAUGGUCCGAUUUCGAAGUGACGAUUCGUUAAUGCGAUCGCGAGAUAGUUCUUUAAAUAAAAGAAGUAGAAGCGCUAGAAACGAAAGAUAUAUAAAACGGUUAUCUCGCGAUGAAGAAAAUCAGUUGAACAAAGAAGCUGAAUUAAUUCAACAAGGCUACACAAAAGCAGAAGUUGAAAUGUUAACACGAACACCGACGAGUCAGAGUAGUGGAUACGGAACUUGCAAACGCGAACAAAACAAUAAAAUAAAACAAGAGCAGACGUAUUCUAACGAUUUAAGUCGGCGCCCGCUUAAAUCUGAAUCAAUAUCAUCAUUUCCAUCCACUCAAAGUUAUCCUUCAUCGAUUAAUUUUAAUGCAAAAGUUAACAGCGAACAUAUUAACUAUUCCAUAAAAUGCCCAAACAGUAACAUAAUUAGGGAACCGCUUUACGUUAAUAACAACAGAGAGGGCAACGUAAAUAACCACUACGAAAGACCUGAAAACAUAAUGUGUGUUAAGUUUCCUUUGGGAAACGUUACUAAUAUAAGGAAAGAAGAGAGAGCCCCACCAGUACCACCUCCUCGUGACAUGCAAAGAAAGGUCGCCACUCCUGUGUCAAUGUACUAUGAGCCAAAUGCCAUAGUAACUGAUACUAUGGGUAGUAAACAAAAUUUACUUCACGGUGUACCCAACAACGACUUUGAGAGAAUUAUGCGACGAAGCCAAGAAAGAACGAUCGGUCAAGGUUUCAAUGGGUUACGACGACCUAUUUCGAACUCCGAAGAUCAUAUUGCAAUGCAAAACAACGAAUACCUGCAAAACUUUUACUAUAGGAAUGAUCAACCUCGAAGACCUGCUUCAGUUUCGGCAGAGCCUAAUCAUUAUGGCAUUUAUGCAAAUACACCGCCGUGGAGGAAGAAAGUUGAGCAACCAUCACUUGUAAAACCCGAACCUGUUCAAUUAAGACAGGAUUAUUUAUAUUACGCUGAUGGCAGCCCAAGAUCACGGCGGCCAAUAAGCAUAAAAACUAGUCAAAAUGGCCAUGAAAAUCAAUACUUAAGUGAUUCACAGGCAUCACUAACAGAAAAUAUAUAUCGCAGACCUCGGAAUGCUUCAGAAUUUUGGAGAAAAAUUGAUGACGCUGAGAGACAAAAAAGACAGCAAGGGAUUUUCGCCAAUUCUCGAAGUAAAAGUGAAUAUGCUAGCAAUACACAAAUAAAUAAACCAUUGAUGACAGAUCAAAAUAGAAGAAAUAUUAAUAAAACGGAAAAUAGUGACUAUCAAAACAAAAACAAAAUUGAAUACAAACAACCCUCUGUUGAUACUACAGAUGGUGCUAGAAUAUGGAAAGCUACAACAGAGUACAAGCGAUCCAUUACGGUGGACCCACCUAAAUCUGUUAUAUCUCCUUCGUCUAAAACUCAUGUACGUCACAAAUCUGACACAUUUGUACCAAAUUCCUAUCAACCACUAUCGGAUGAUGAGAAAAAUUCUGAACGCAGAAAAUCUACAAACCUUGAUGACGCUCUCAAUGAGCUAGAGGCAAUUUAUAAUAGUUUAGGUUUAGGUGACGAAGAUUUGUUAGAUAGAGCCGAACGCCGAGAGCUAAUGACGCCAAAGUUUAAUGAUCAUUUUAAUGAUUGGAACGGCAAUGAUGAGGAUGUGCAACUACGAAGUCAACCAACGACCCCUUUGAGGCGAGUGCCAAGACGAUCUACAUUACCUGACAAAUUACAGGAUGAUAUGGCAUUCCGUAGGUUGAAUUCGUUAACAAAAGAAAAGCCAAGCCAUAAAGAUACUCAGGCUCAAAUAAGUUACAUGUUGGCUUCUCCUGUUUACGUACCGUAUGCGUCAGAUGAUGAUAGAAAUUCAGAUCGAAACGAACCAGAUAUUGUACAUGAUGAUGUCGUGUACAGAAAUAUUAAACAGACUAAUAGUAGAUUGAAAACAGUUGAGCCACAACCACCGUUUGGUAUUCCGAUAGGGCCAGUGACACCAGCUCCACAAAGCGACUAUUUACAUGCUACACCAGAAAAUAAGAUUAGAUCUAGAUUUAUACCAAGAAGAUCUCCUGAUAUUGUAUCCGAUGAUUUAGCGUACAGAAGUCUAAGGAAAGAUAAUAGACAUUCAUCCUUAUUUAAUGGAGAUGAAUAUAAUGGCCACAUUAAUAACAAUCAUAACUAUGCAGAAUUUCCAUUCACAAAAGAAUCAGUAGCCAAUUUAAAAAAGAAAAGAGCAGUUCGGUCUCUGUCUGCUAAUAUAUUCACUAUGAUACAAAAAGAGAUUGACGAUGCUGUAAAUAUGAGUAAAAUGGCUUCAAUACAAAAGACACAUAGCAAUUCUGAUGUAAUGAGACGUCUGCGUGAGACCUUUGACAAUAACGAUAAUGAACCGGACCACUACCCACGUAAUAAGGUAAAACAUAGACACAACACUAUUAGUCUUUUUGUCAAUAACAUCCACACUCCCACUACCCAUUUUGCAAAAGACGAUUCAUUUGUUCAUAAUGAUGAUAAAUAUCUUGCUAAGCCUCCAUCUUGUGAUAAGUCCAAAAGUUCAUCACCAUCAAACAGAUCACCACAGUCAUCAAAACGUUCAUCAAAAGAUGAAUUUCAGCAUGUGCUAAGUAUGUUAGCCCAAGAAGCUAUGGAUACUAGUAAUAAAUUAGGCGUAGCUUUAGCCGAAUUAGAUAAGAACAGGAACAACACUGAGAAGAAAUCAGACGUACAGUCCAAAAUAUCUGAUAGUAGAUUAACUUUUUUAAAUGGUUUAACAAAUACGUCCUGUGAAGAAACUAUACCUGAAAUAAAACAUGUACAAGUGCAUUCGGAAAUCAUAAGUAAUAGACACGAUGACAAUAAACCUUUUAAAAAUGAACAAGAAUCCAAAGGUAAAAAAACUGAAGACAGUUUGCUUGCAAUAUCAAAUCAACUACAUAAAGUAGAAAAUCAAUUAAAACAUAGCUAUGAAAAAGAACUAAAUUUUGAAGAUGAGAGUAGAAAGCUCUCUAAUUACAUAAACAAAGCUGAAGAACGAUUGAAAGCCGAAAAAGCUACCAUAGCUAAUGCUGAAAAAAGAUUGGUUCCUGAUGUUGUACCCUUGAGAAUACAGAAUGACUCUGUUAAAAUUGAAGUCAUUGAUGAAGUUCCAACCAAAGCAGAAUCCAGUAAUCAGUCACCACCACAACCUCAAAUAAAUUCAUUGAAUCCAUUCUUAAAUAUGGACGAUAAAAUAAAAGAAAUCAGCGAAAUAAAUGCCUUCAAAGAAUUGAAAGACGGAAUUACCGACUUAAUAGCUGGUAUAUCACAGGUUAAUGAAAAACUGUUCGUUCCUAAAGUUGCGAAAGCUGAAAAUGAUGUAACAUAUAAAAAUAAAAUAACAAGCAUCACGGAAGCCGGUGAAAAGUUAAAUCAAGUUACACAACCUGUUACUCCACAAGAAAAGCCGCACAGAGCUUCUGUAAAUUUGUCUAUAUACGAAGAUGAUCUAGAAAUAAGGAAAGAUGCUGCUGACUCCACCGAAUACAACUCGUCUGAGGAAUUGGCGACGAUAUUCAAAUUAGAUGGUAGCUCAAGACCACAGGUAAAAGCUGUGAAAGAGAUUAAUAAUUCAGAGUCUGAAAACGUAACACGUGCAGAUCUCAGUUCUCCGAAACUCGUUCAGAGUGUGAAUCAGCACUUACGAAGGCUCUCGGUCGACCAAACAAACGAUACUCCUAGUCAAAGCAACUCACUGCCUACUAACAUAGUGCCGUGGAGAGCUAAAAGGCAAAAUAGUUCACAAAAAGAUAAUAGAGGCGAUAGCACGCAGUCGAAGCGCAGUUGGCGUGACUCUGGCACGUUGAUGUUAGCUUGUUCCUACACCUUGAUGUUCUCCCAACACCUCCAGGAUCUGGACUGGCUGACGCUGCUCGGCUUGCUACUGGCCGUCAUCACCAUUAUCGCUAUGCUUAUUAUUUAAUUUUAACUUUUAACCCGUAGAAAUAGGCUCGUUCGUUCAACCUAAUUUUUUUAGUUACAUAAUAUAUCAAAUCAACGAAUAGGUUUAAUACCUAAGUAAAACAUAUGAAAAAGUUUCUUAUUUGAAGAACCGCAAAAUUAAUUAACUGUCAUUCCUAAAACGAGCCACUAAGAGGCACGCCCCAUUGCUUAGUCGAGCUCCGUUGUUUUGACAUCCGUCGACGUCGACAACGCAGAAAUUGUUUACGUGUAUAACCUCCCUAUAACAUGGAAUUAAUAAGUAUAGUACUUACGUACGUCAACGCACGUUAGUAUCAAAAUGACGCAACGUAGCAGUGGGGCUUGGCUCUAAUUCAUAACCAGUAACAUUCACCGACUUACAAAGAUUUUAUUUUUAAAAUUGUAUUUAUUUUCAAUGAAUUUUAAUUCUAGUACUUAUAUUUUUACUUAAGUAAGAAUAGAAAUCAUUAUUUUUAAGCUUGUUUUUUAUUUUACUUUGUAAAUGUUACCUGUGAUUUAUAUUUUAUUUUCAUGUAACGUGUGCCAAAAUUCACGAUCAAAAUUAUGUUAAAUUUAGUUCGUGUUUCUUAUUUGCAUGUAUUGUAUUGAUUUUGCAUGUUGUGUUGUUUACUUUAUAACCUGUUUUUGUAGAUUUUAUUAUAUUUGUAGUGUGUAUUACCUACCUAAUUAAUUUAGUUUAGUUAAAAUCCUGAUUAUAUUUAGAGUAAAGAGUACCUACAUAAAAAUCUAUAACUAUUCUUAUAUUAAGACCGUUUAUGGAGGAAAAUUUCUUGUUUAGAUGUAUUAGAAUAUCAAAUUAUCUAUACCUAUGCAUAAAAUGUCAUUCUUAUUAUAACAUUUAACUCGCAUUUAACUCGACGUUUAGAAACAUUUUGUCAGAAAUUUUAAGAAAUAAAAUAUAACAAUUUACAAAUUCGAAUAUUAUUUUCCUUCACAAAAGAUGUAUUUUUUAAAAUAAUAACUGAGUAUUAAUUACUUAUUCCCUUUGCGAUUCAUAAAAUUGGAAACCUUAGACGUUUUAACAUUUUUGAAUCCCAUAUUUAUUUAUAUAUAAAAUGUUUUAUUACAAUUUCAAUUUGAUUUUCUUCUAGGUGAUAACUGAUUGCCACUCUUCCACCGGCGUAAUCUAAGAACUUCAAUGAGUUUAAGUGAUUCAUUUAUUAUAUAGGUAAUCUAUAUUAUGUAUUUUAUUGUAUUUGUAUGACAUACUUACUUCAUUAUGUUUAUGUAGAGGCUUCCAGUUACAUAAAGAGAGCAUUAUUUAUAUGAGGAAAAGUUAUAAUUUAAAUAAAAUGUUUCAGUUUAA